AUGCAACAAUUUGAACUGUUUGACCCGCCCUCGGAUGCUAUAUCAUCAGUUGUAUUUAGCCCCACUAGCCCCAUUCACCUUCUGGUGUCUUCGUGGGACAAAACUAUUAAAUUGUAUAACGUUGAAGAAAACUCGCUUCGAGGGUCGUAUAAUCAUGAUGCGGAAGUUCUUGACUGUUGUAUGUCCGAUGAAACUCAUGUGUACAGUGGUGGGUUAGAUAAUUGUAUAAAGAGUUUCGAUAUCAAUACGCAUAAUGGAUUUGUUGUGGGAUCACAUCAGAAAGCUGUUAAAUGCAUAGAAUAUAGUAUUGAAAACA